GUAAACAACCGCUAGUCCUCCAAACUAUAAUAAAUAUGAUUUGGUUACUCGCAGGAUCGACUAGAUUGAUCCUAGGACACAUAGUCGAUUAGAUUGUUAUCAAUAUUCUUUAGAACCAUGUUCAUGAUUCGUUGUCUUCGACAAAUGUUAUUCGAUUAAAAACAUACACUUUUUAGUGAUGACUUGAUUAUAUGUGAUUAUGACUUUAAAAUGUAGACAACGCAUAUAACAUAACAUGCAAUUCUGUUAAAAAGAAUCUUAAAACAUAAAACUGUUAAAGAUCUUGAAAGUAAGUAACAUGAAGAUAAAUAACAUGAAAGUAAAUAACAUGAAAGUAAAUAACAUGAAAGUUAAAGAUACAGUAAUGUAAAUGAUAAGAAGUAAAUAGAAUGCAAGAAUUUAAAGAUAUUCGAAGACGAAAAGCAAUAAAAGAUAAUACUCAUGUAUUAAGAUGGUGGUGUCAUACGUACAUUUUCUCAGCGAACUCGUUCUCGUUAACGCUUGAUACUUGAGUAAAUAUGUGAGUGAUUUGUACAAAAUGAACACACGGAAUUCUAUCAUGAAAACUCCUAUUUAUACUAGUUUCGACCAUAACGGCCCUACGCUAAUCUGCUGCCACGUUUCUCAUAAGAACUUCCAGCGAUGACAUCUGUGAAUAAGCAGUUACGUGACUAUCUUCGAAUUUCAAAUCUUCCCGCCUGAGUCCAUCUUCGACGCGUGGCAGUAUGCUAAUAAACACUUACUAACAAACACGCUAAAUAAUAAUACUUAAGUAAAUUUAUAAAUUUUGUCUAAGUCUUCGAGGAUAUAUCCUUCCAAUAGCUUUCAGUAGCCAUCACCUUCAUAAAAAACUUAGACAUUUCCUGCUAUCGAAACAUGGCCAUCAGUAGCCAUUUUAUACUUCUCAGAGAUGGUCAUCAGUAACCACCUUGCCUUCGAUUAUGCACUCCUUCGAAGCACAUAUAUUUGUUCAACGAAAUCUUCAGCUAACAAAUUGCCCCCAAUAAAUGCCUGUUUCGAAGAUCAACAGAAAUAGGCGUUUUUUGCCAUCAUAAGAUUUCGUCUCUUAUUAAGUUUUGAUAGUUCCAAGACUACUGACUAAACGUCAUAAUCAUUGAUAAUCUCUGUUUCCGAAACGUCUUGUCAUUCUCAAAAUGUCUUCUCAUAACUUACAUUCCCACGUCCUUGACCUUACUUCCUGAUUAUUACUCCUAUAUACUAGGAGUAAAGCUGAAUCUCUCGACCGCCAUUGGAUUAAAUCAUCAUUCGCCACGUGUCCUUUGGGUUUUACCCAAAAGAUUUUAAAAAAGGGUUUCCGUUAAACCUUUAAAUACUUUGGACUUGCACUCUUUUUACAACUUCUCAUUCCUAUUUCUCCGUCUUCUUCAUCAAACAAAGGAACCAACAUCUUCAAACUUUUCAAAUCUGAAUUUCUCAAAACUCAUCCGAUGGCUUCAUCUUCCAACGUUCUUCAACCUGCUCUAAAGCUCCAAUCCACCACACGAUCUGGUGAAAACGAACAUAUUCCAAACCCUAACGUUGAAGAAGUUCGUGCUAUUUACGCUUCCCAGGUAAUCAUACCCUUUGAACUUUCUGGAAAAACUUUUGCUUUUAUGGGUCCAUUGCCGGGUGAAGAUAAUCAAACCCUAAGUAAGUUCUUCCCUGCUUAUUAUAAGACUAGGCCAUUAGUGAGCAAAGCUAACACAAAUGAAGAGGGUUGCUCUCCUUCAGGAGAAUCUGCUAAUGUUGAAGAAACUUCAACCGUAGCCCCUUUGGCUUUGCCAAAAAUUAGGUUAAAUUAUAUGACCAACUUUGUAAAAGUGUUUAGGUCACUCCCUUUAGCCAAAGAUCCUGACUUAUACUUUGCCUGGUUAGAAAAAGUAGAGAAAAAGAAAGAAUCUGACUGGAAAUCAUUAGGAAUCUACGAUUUGAUCCAACUAUCAAAAACAGGCUUAACAUAUAACCAACCCAUGUUAGUAGCAGCGGUCCAUUUCUGGGAUGCUUCCCACAACACUUUCCACCUCCCAUGUGGAAUGGUCACCCCUACUCUCUUUGAUGUAGCUGCGAUUACAGGACUUCGACCAACUGGGGAAGACUUCGAUCCCACUGAGAUGGAUGAUGACACGAUUGGCUUUAAUAAUUCGACAGUUACUUAUACUGCUUUUAUCCAACGACAUCAUGUUACCGCGAACGAAGAAGUCUCUGAUAACGAACAUAUUGCUUUCUUGGCGCUAUGGCUUUCACGGUGUGCUUUCUGCUCAAGAUCCAUACAAGUUGCAAAGAGAUAUCUUUGCAUGGCUAACCAAUUGCAUAAUGGAAAAAAGCUCAAUCUUGGCCAACUACUUCUGGGAUUUCUUUAUGAAAACCUCAGCGAAGCUGCAAACCUUACCAAGAAUUUCCAAUCUGGUACCUUACUUUAUGCUGGACCUUUCUGGCUUUUGCAACUGUGGCUAAAUGCUACGUUCGAAGCUCAUCUUCCGUUUCGAGGGAAAAUCAAGGAGGAAGAUGAUAAAAUCAGGAAUCGAACCAUUGAAGGAACUAGGUUGGCUUACCUGACUCCACAAGAAGAGCCUAGGAAACUUCAAGAAUGCUUCUUAGCGUACAUGAUGAUGUUUGCCCAACGUCGUCAAUUUGAUCCGUCUAUGGCUCCGUUUGUACAUAGAACCAAGGGUCCUGAAUGGUUUACUCAGAAAUUCCCACCAACAUCUCAGGACCAACAAACUGAGCUUAUGGAAAUUUGGGAAUCUUUUCUGACUCCAAGAUUGUUCCUCUAUCGCCUCCGACCAUCGAAAGGGCAAUGCACUCUUGUGUGCUAUCAACCAAAUUUGGUUUCACGACAGUUUGGAUUGGUCCAAAUAAAACCAAAAUGCUUAUAUGAGAAAAGGAGUCAUAUAUGCUUCCACACCUUAUACUUGUCAGAAGAAGAAUGUGAAAAGAAAGUUAACAGAUAUGCUGGCGUCACCAACCUUUCCCCUAUUCCUUUCGAAUCUUCCUUUUACUGUACACCAGACUUCCAUCAAUGGUGGGCGGAUUAUUAUACUUCUCAAAUCCUUGAUGCUGAUAGUUUGACGCAGGAACUAACUGCAGCUUUUGCUGAUGUGCAGGAGCAUUUUCGUAAAGGUACUACAACUCAUAUUAAAGAAAUACAAGCUUUCCAAAAAUUUUUUGAAACUAUCUAUAGGCCUGAUGAUCUUAGUCGGACCGUCCGUGAGGCUGCAAUUACUUUGCGCGAAAAGUUUUCCGCCAAACUGGAUAAGUUGAAAUUGCCCUCGUAUGUUCGACCAGAACUACGUUAUGAAGUGGCUUUCAAACUUAAUCCUCCAAAAUUUCCUCCGCUGCCAAGCGCGGAUUUUGGUGUGGCUUUGAGCCCUCCUUUUCCAGAUUGGUUUGUGUGUGGCAACGUUUUAAAAGAUCUUCAAAAUAGUAGUAAAAAACGCGCUGAACGGGUGGUUCCGACUAAGCAUACCUUGGAUACUUUCAAAGGACAUCUCCAUAUAGAUCUCAAACACGUUCGUGUCUUGACUCCAAUACCUGAAGGUUUGGAUUCAGACAAUCUUUUCGACUGACUUUUCCUUUUUGACUGGUAUACUAAUUUUAGUUUCGACUACAGCUGUUGCUCACAGGAGGAAGAUCAAAGAGACUCCUGCCCAAAAGAAUCCUGGGACAUCCCAAAGCGACAAACCCAGUGAAAGUGGCUCUCUCAAUCCUGAUAAAAAGCCUACGAGUUCGAAGCCCCCAACUGGUCCGAAACGGAAAGUUUCUUCGCCCGCUGCUUCAGAUGAUGGGGAUAAAUCUCCUCCUAACACUAGACAAGGACUUAGGAAAAGACAAAAAUCUGCU